CGGUAGUGAAAUAUGACAGUAUAGAAAGAGCAAGUAUUUUCGGUUUGCAUGAGAUAUGUUGCACAAUACGCCUUCGAAACAGGAUCGAUUUGAACGACAUUUAUCGCGACAACGAGGUGCAGGAGUACGAAAUCUAGCUGCGAGUUUUGGUUUCUCCUUUGACGUUGUCUCUGCGCCAGCGACUCACGAUGCGCCUCUGGAAGAGCCACCUAGGAAACGAUGCAAGAUCGAUAGUGGGCUGCGAAAAACCAAGUUGUCAUCGCUGGCCGAUAUAGUGACCCUCGCACCCGUUCCAGACAGCGAAGAGAUUUUGCAGCUCUCAGAAAGUACAGGAAUAUGCGCAGAUUCGGGAGAGACGAGCAGUGUCAACGCGAAGAGCAGUAUACUGCCCCGAGAGCAGCCCGCGAAGCAAAGGAGAAAGAAGAAGGCAACGUCAUCGGCUCCGAGGAUCCGCGAGCAAUCAAUAGAAGCCGAUGUGCAGGUCACAUCGCUUUCGAGGCCAAAGAGAAGAGCAGCGGAGUAUGCAGCGGCGAGAGUAAUGGCGGAUUUGAUCGAAGAAGAACUACCAAUCGAUAAGAAAAGACGGGAUGAGAUGCCAGAAAAGACGGCCAGGAAGCGACAGAAGAGAACAGCGACACAGGAUAAGAUAUCGAAGUCAAGAGGAGCGGCUGACGCAAGCGUCGAGGUUGACGAGACCUCUGCUGCUGCAUUGUCUGCCUGCGUGAGGGAUGUGGAGGUCAAGGAUACAGAGCCCCAAAAACGAGCACUGAAGACUUUCGGUGAGAAGAACGAGGGUCCGCCUCAUGUCAUAAGCGCCACAGCCGCCUCCGAGGAGCUUGCACCUGCUCGUAUACCGCUCGCAGAGACUGAUAUUAACAACGCGAUGCUUCAUGCAGUGCUUGAUGAGAAGAGCACCAAAUCUCCUCAGGCGCCAACAGUGACCCACAAGUCGAAAAGUCAAUCGCCAUUGAAGCCGACCAUUCGCGAGGCUGCACCGAAACGGAAGCGAGGAAGGCCACGACUCUCUAUUCACCACGAUCAGAACAAUGCCACGAAGUCUCAUUCCAGGCAAGAGGAGGAGGUUGUGGAACUAUCUCUUCUUUCGGACGAUCGUCUGCAGCCCCAUAAAUUUGUGUCCAAGCGAGCGACAUCAUCCGCCGAGGUUGGGGAGAAUGUCAAGCAGGAGAAACCUCUCAAGAAGAGGAAAGCUGCCGAAGCUAUCGCGCCCAAGAUUGUGAACGAGGAUCUGCGAAUGAGAGAGUUCAAAUCUGAGUCGAGGCAAGUGAAGACCGCAAUUACAGCUGAUGUAUCGAGUGAAAAGCGUCAAUAUGAUGCACUCCUCGAGACGAGCGAGAGAUCGCCGGUCAUGGCACAAUCCUGCAACAAGCCACCUUCUAUUCCAGUCUCGAAUGCAAUCAUGCCUACUCCAAGCGUACCUCCAAGUCAACCGCAGCCGGCGAAGAAAAAGCGAGGCCGACCCAAGAAGAUCGUAGCGUCUACUCCAAUACCGGUCGAAGAAAUUCAGCCACCACCACCGCCCACAGCAAAUACCAAAAGCCAAGCGAGAGCAGACAACGAAAACCCGACCAAUCAAUCCAAAGCUCGAAAAGAAACAACUGCCGCUCAUGUACCUGCUGGAAUGCUUCCAGCCUCGCGAAACUGUCCCCGCGCCGACGAGAACGUCGACUGGCUCUUCGCGUCCGAUCCCAUCCGGACCAAGACCAGUAAUACUGCUCGACCGCGAACGACGACGACGGCUGGUCAAUCGAAAACGCGGAAAAUUGGCACGAGGGAAAACCUACCGGAGAUGGAUUUGGAAGAAUUACUGUCGGGCAUCACAUCCUUGGCCAAUGCGAAUUCGUCUUUGCAAUCUCAUCUGCGAUUGGCAGGAAAAUCGAGGAUGAAGGGAUGA